AUGGUCAACCGAGAACCCCUGGAUAAAAAAUGCCCCAACUGGAACCUCCAUGGCGGACAGAGACACUUUAUAGGGCCACAAGAGUUCAUAUGCCGGCUUCAAUAUCAACUUACCCGAAACCGAAACCAUGGUUUCGAACAACUCCACGUCUGUGGUCGGACGGGUAAUUUUAUUAAAGCCAUCCUUCUAUCACACGGAUAUACUGUGGUCAUUAAAGCUACCACAAUAGAGAAGCAGCAUCGCCUUCAAGUGGAGGCGAAAAAUUAUCGUAACCUUAGGAGCUUGCAAGGAAAUCAGAUACCCGUCUGUCUUGGAUCCUUUCAGCCACGGUGGCGUAAUAUAUUGUGGGAUGACCUUGGUGGCCAGUUAAUUGUGAUUGACUUGGAGGAUGUGGAAUGGUUAAAGCGCCGUCGGGGUCUUAAGUCAACUUCUGGCAAUACCUGGCGUGGUCAUCGCGUCGUCGCAGCGAAAACAAGCAAAAGCUCUUGUCUAGCUCGACAGCUACCUGCACAUGACGACCGUCAGACCACAGACCAUAGCGUUAGUCAACUCGGUUGA